CUACUUCUUCUGCUGCGGGGUCAUAUCGCUGGUUCCCGCUUGGAAUGGAUUUUAUCUUCUGAGUUCUGACCCUUCCAUCUCUCUGUUCUCCGUCCCCUUCUCUACCAGAACUGGCUCGCUCAUCCGCCGCCGCCUCCGCCGACGUGAAGUGAAGGGAAUUGAAGGUAUAGGGAGCUUUGGGGGGGGACGACAAUGGCAAGUUCGAUAGCAGCCGCUACUGGGACGGCGUCAUGGAUGAGGAUGGGCAGCAGGGUAAUCCCUGAUUUCUGCCACCUGCCCCUCCAUUCCGCUACUCGAUCCCCUCUUCUGAAACCUCUUGCCUUGCGAUUCUCUUCAUUUGCUCCUUCCCCCUCUCGGUCGUGGAGCGCGAGGAAGUUCUCUGUUUGUGCCUCCAAGUCCACUGCUGAUCAACACCAGCAAGUCCGGGUUCGUUUCGCUCCUUCCCCGACUGGGAAUCUCCAUGUUGGUGGUGCUCGGACUGCUCUCUUCAAUUAUCUCUUUGCAAGGUCCAAAGGUGGUAAAUUUGUGCUGAGGAUUGAAGAUACCGACUUGGAGAGGUCGACUAGAGAAUCAGAAGAUGCCGUGCUCCAGGAUCUUGCUUGGCUUGGUCUUGAUUGGGAUGAAGGUCCUGGGAUUGAUGGAGACUAUGGCCCGUAUCGGCAAUCUGAAAGGAAUUCUCUUUAUAAACAACACGCUGAGAGGCUCUUGGAGUCUGGUCAUGUUUACCGUUGCUUCUGUUCCAGUGAGGAACUUGAGAAAAUGAAGGAAGUAGCACAAUUGAAACAACUACCUCCUGUGUACUCUGGAAAGUGGGCUACUGCAACAGAUGUUGAAGUAAUGCAUGAGAUGGAAAAGGGAACCCCAUAUACCUACCGAUUCCGUGUUCCAAAGCAUGGGAAUCUGAAAAUAAAUGAUCUCAUUCGGGGUGAAUUUCUAAGUAUGUUGGAUAGUGUUCUGAAGGUUAGUUGGAAUCUGGACACACUUGGGGAUUUUGUAAUCAUGAGGAGCAAUGGACAACCCGUUUACAACUUUUGUGUCACAGUGGAUGAUGCUACCAUGGCUAUCUCACAUGUUAUUAGGGCUGAAGAGCAUUUGCCAAAUACUCUAAGGCAAGCAUUAAUAUAUCAGGCUCUUGGAUUUCCGAUGCCUCAGUUUGCACACGUAUCCCUAAUUCUAGCACCUGAUCGUAGCAAGCUAUCGAAAAGGCAUGGUGCAACUUCAGUUGGUCAGUUCAAGGAGAUGGGCUACCUUCCCCAAGCAAUGAUAAAUUACCUGGCACUUUUAGGUUGGGGGGAUGGCACUGAAAAUGAAUUUUACAGCCUUGAACAACUAGUUGAAAAGUUCACAAUUGAUCGUGUUAACAAAAGUGGCGCCGUGUUUGAUUCUACUAAGUUGAGGUGGAUGAAUGGUCAGCAUUUAAAAGCGCUUCCAUCUGAGAAAUUGACAAAGCUUAUAGGUGAACGGUGGAAGAACAUUGGAAUACUAAUGGAGUCCCAGGGUUCUUUUAUAGAAGAGGCUGUUAAUCUGCUUAAGGAUGGCAUAGAUUUGGUACCUGAUGCAGACAAAGUGAUGUUGAAUCUGUUGUCAUAUCCCUUACAAGAGACGUUAAUGAGUGCUGAAGGUAAAGCUGUUGUAGAAGACAAACUUUCUGAAGUAGCAGAGAAGCUGUUGGCAGCAUUUGACAGCGGGGAGCUUAUUACUGCUCUAGAAGGAGGUCAUUCCGGGUGGAAGAGUUGGGUGAAGGACUUUGGUAAAUCUACAAAGCGCAAGGGGAAAUCUUUGUUUAUGCCGCUGAGGGUGCUGCUAACUGGGAAGCUGCAUGGUCCUGACAUCGGUGGGAGCAUGGUGUUGCUCCAUAGAGCUGGGAGUGAGGGUCUAGUGUGCCCUCAAGUUGGAUUUUUGAGAUUGGAAGAGAGGUUUAAGCUGUUGAGGGAAGUGAACUGGGAGGCGUUAUCAUCGACCAAAGAUGAAGAAGGUGCUGCUGUGGAACCAGCUGCUGCUGGUGUGUCGAACUGAAAGAGUGCUCUUACUGCUGCAUACGGCGGUUGCUUUCGGUUUUGUUGGUUAAGAGAGGGUUUUUGACGUUUGAUUGAGAUUUUUGUUUAUAGCCUAGCAAUGUAGUUGAGGGGUGUGUUUGUUUCAUCAUGUUCUUUAGCU